AUGAGUGAACUCUUCUCAGACAUUGAGCACCUGAGUACUUCCAACCUUAGGGUAUCAAAGAAAGUCCGCUUCUGCACGAACAACAACAUAAUGUUCAGUGAAAGCUACGAGGACGCCAACGCGAUGGCUUACAUGGUCAACUUCUUCAGACCAUCAAAGUACACAUCACUACCACGAGAUGCAGAAAAGGCAGCAGAGAGAAAAUCACUCCCGGCAAUCUCAGAAGACUCGGCUUUGGAAACAAGCAGCGAGACAUCUGCAGAGACCAUUUGCGACUCUGGUCUGCCACCAGCAGAAUCCGACUCAAAAUCCACGAGAGCUCGAAUCAUUUCGGACGCCAUCAUUGGUCUCUCAGACGGCCUGACAGUACCGUUCGCAUUGACCGCGGGCCUGUCUGCACUGGGUGAUACCAAGGUUGUUGUCUUUGGCGGCCUCGCGGAGCUCAUUGCUGGUGCCAUUUCUAUGGGCCUAGGUGGCUACCUUGGAGCCAAGAGUGAAGAAGACUCCUACAAGGCCACUUUGCGCUCUACUCAGUCUAGAAUGCGGGACUCAAACAACGACAUUUCAUCAGAAAUCACUUCCGUGUUUGCGCCUUACCAUCUUCCUCCGUCCACGCUAAAGGACUUCACACAUCAGCUGAUCACCUCCAACAGCCCUGACACAGUGGUUGAUUUCUUGAUGCGCUUUCAGCAAGGCACGCCUGAGCCCGCUGCCAGCAGAGCGGUCGUCUGCGCUUUGACCAUUGCCACGGGCUACUUUAUCGGCGGCUUCGUGCCUCUGGUUCCAUAUUUCUUUGCCUCGAACGUCACGGAAGGGCUCAUCUGGAGCAUCAGUGUCAUGAUUUUGGCGCUGUUCAUAUUUGGCUAUGUCAAGACGGGGAUGACAGAUGGGUUUAGAGGUCGAAGGAAUGUUCUCAAGAGCCUCAAAGGCGGCGGACAGAUGGUGAUUGUGGGAGGGGCGGCUGCCGGAUGUGCAAUGGCCGUUGUCAGACUAUUUAACUCUAUCGAAUUUUGA